AUGAUACAAGUGCCAGCGCACAAUAAUAAUGGAUUGUUUCGAAGAAAGAACUACUCGAAAUCUCAUAGAAAACCACACGGGCGUUUGUUCAUUCGUCGUUCGAAGAUCUAUCAUUCUUUAACGAAUAAUAGUGAACUUUAUACUUCUCCUUAUUAUGAUAAUUUUACCAUAAAUUACCGUCCGCCAACAACGCAAUUGAGGCCAAAAUAUCUUAGAGAAAAUCGAGUGCAAGGUGCAGGCGAUGAACAGAUCAUUUUGCCAUCGUCAAACGAACAGAAACAGAUUGAUUUCACUGAACUCGAACAAAUCUUUGACAAUGCCAUUCGUAAACGUAUCCCACUUGAAUUAUACAAAACUAAAUCACCUAUUCAAAUGAGUCACUAUUCUGAACCUCCACCAAAGCCAACUCAAAAUCCACUCGAAACUCGAAUAGAAUUGAUGAAUCCAUCAGCAACUGUUCGCCCAUUUGAAGAAAAUAGACCGGGUCUUAGCCACAGAAGACAAUAUCGCAAAAUAGCUCUAGGAAUUACCAUUGUUUUCUUGUCAGCUCUCAUCGGUUUUACUAUUGUUUUCAUUUUUGUUAAAUAA